CAAGCUUUAGCUUGACAAAGAUGCUCUAUGAAGCCAAUACCCAAGAUGAGACAUGGCUAAUAAAUCCACGGGACAUGUGAAGCGAACUCGGUGUUUUGGACUUUCAAGUUCUGAUAUGUAUCCUUCGCAGGUACACCUCAUUUGCCCUUCAAAUGAAGCCUUGGGCGGUUUAAAAUACUAAUUAAGAAAAAAAAUGUGAAUUAUCAAUCCAAGGUGCGUUUACCAUAUAUUGCAUAUCUGCUGACUUGUGCCUUCAUGGUCCUUAAAUUAUAUUCCUGGCAAAAGAGACUGUUUCAAUGGUCAUUGUAUUAUAAAAGUGUGAAAGAUAAAAGAGUGUUCUAUCAGCUGAGAUGGGAAACUGCAGCUCUAUUGGGUCUUCAAACAUUGAGGAGUCCAAGGAUUGCCAUGAAAAUAUGUUAUACAUCCAGGAGAGUCCACAAGAAUCUGAAAAUCCAAGACUUUGUUCUCUCCAUUCUCGGCGAGGCAAGAAAGGGCCAAACCAAGAUGCUGCAAUUCUCUAUCAGGGUUAUGGAGUGGAAGAAGGGGUCUUCUAUGGAGUCUUUGAUGGGCAUGGUAGGAACGGCCACAUAGUAAGCAAAUUAGUGAGAAAUCGCUUGUCGUUGCUUGUUCUAGACCAAAAGAGUGCUCACGCAGCACUUAACACUAAUGCCACUAAGGAGCAUGAUCAUGAAGAUGAGGAAGCAGGAUUGAACGGUGAAUUGGUGUCAACUAAGACAUUGCAUCAAUGGAAACAGGCUUGUAGUAGUGCUUUCAAGGUUAUGGACAAGGAACUUAAGCUUCAGGAGAACUUAGACUCAUCUUGCAGUGGUACCACUGCAGUAACUAUCAUACAACAGGGUGAAGAUCUUAUUAUUGCUAAUCUGGGAGACUCAAGAGCGGUUUUGGGAACCAUUACUGAAAAAGGAUUAACAGUCAUUCAGCUGACAACUGAUCUGAAGCCUAGCUUACCCAGGGAAGCUGAAAGAAUAAAGAAGAGCAACGGUCGUGUAUUUGCACUGAAGGAUGAACCACAUGUACAGCGCGUGUGGCUCCCCAACGAUAAUCUCCCAGGCCUUGCAAUGGCAAGGGCCUUCGGCGACUUCCAGCUUAAAGAUUAUGGCCUUAUCGCUGUUCCUGACAUCUCAUACCACCGGCUAACUGCCAAUGAUCAGUUUCUUGUUCUUGCAACUGAUGGGAUAUGGGAUGUGCUUAGUAACAAGCAAGUUGCAUCAAUUGUGUGGUCUGCAGAGAAUGAGGAGGAAGCGGCAAAAGCAGUUGUUAAUGCAGCUGUCGCUUCAUGGGCUAAAAAGUUCCCUACUUCAAAGCUGGAUGAUUGCACUGUCUUGUGCUGUUUCUUGCAAGAGAGGAGACAAAACCACCACCUCUUAUUACCCAAAGAAAGCCAUGGAUUCAGAAAUUGGAUCAGAAUCGGCGGAGUAGGCUGCUUUGAAUCGGAAUCAAUCGGCCUUGAUUCUAAUUGAUGUCAAUUCCUCCCAUCAUAUUUUGGAAUUGGCCAUGAAUACUCUUUCCACUUUCCCCGUUCUUUUAGUCAAUGAAACAUUGAAACCUACCUUUUGUAGCAAUAUCUUCAGGUGUUUCAAAUCAAAACCCUAAAAAAUCACAAAGCUAUGCAAAUCUUUGCUUCUUCAUAAUUCUAAUUCCUGAGUUUCCAACUGAUUCUGAGUGAUAGAAUCAGAAUUGAUGGAGGCAGAGUAGAGUGGGCGUGUGAUAAUCGACUACUAAAA